UCGUGCUUGAAACACGUUAUGAGGGCUCCCUAUCGCCGUCUCAUUUUAAUACGAGACGCGAUCGCAAAUUUUGCAUUGUGCAUUUAAAACGUUCGAUUUAAAAAAAAAAAAAAACAGUGUUGAGCUAAAUCAUAAUACUGAACACAUUAUUGUUUAUUAAGCGUAGGACAGUUUUGAUUUAAUAAAAAGUAAAUAUAUAUAUUUGAAUACUGUUAGUGAAUGUGUGACACAGCUUAGAAACAUACUGUGCUUAGUGUAAUCUGAAAAUAAUAGUGUCUUGACCACGUGUUUAUGUGAUUUUUAAUUGGAUUUCUGUGCGUUACUCGUUGGUUGACUGAUUUUUUUAAGCUGUGGUGAACAUUAUAAUAUAAAUAUUCCAAGAAUACAAUGUGGAUAUAACGUCGACUGGUCAUGUAGAAAUGUGAGUACAUACUCCGUAAAGUAAGAGUGGACCGGACCUAGUGAUCUAGUGUAGUGUAAUGAGUGUAGUGAUGUUAUCGUGAGAACGGGGCAAUGUUGAGGCCGUUUGGUCCUGCCUCGUGGGCCUGGCUGGUGCUCGCGUUGGGCCACACCAAGGCCUACACCGACACCGAGGAUUUUCUCAGCGAUUUAGAUAAACCAGUGCCUACGUCAGAUGUUCAAGGUGUUUUGGGAAAGAAAGCGUCACUACCCUGUGACAUCCAGCCGUUGCAUUCAGAUGAUGCGGUGGUCAUGGUUUUGUGGUUUAAGGAGUCCGACGGAGAACCGCUGUACAGUUAUGACAUUCGGGGUCGAAAUGUCAACCAGCCCAAGCUCUGGUCUUCCGCACUGGUCUUCGGCAACCGGGCAUACUUUAGAGGUGGUGCAACACCGGCUGUUCUCAUGGUUGAUAACGUGAUUGCCGCUGAUGCUGGAGUAUAUAGAUGUAGAGUGGACUUCAGGAAUUCACCGACAAGAAAUCUGAAAGUCAAUUUUACCGUUAUCAUACCACCAAGUCGUCCUACCAUAUACGAUGCAAAGAGACGAGACAGGACGAAAUUAAUUGAACCGUACAAUGAAGGAUCCAACGUACUACUAAUUUGUGAAGUCGACGGAGGAAUACCAAGGCCGAGGGUGACGUGGUACUUGGAAAAUGUUGUUAUUGAUGACUCGUACGAAGAAAGAAAAGAAGGAAUCACAGUCAAUACGCUAACAUUUCCUAACGUUGGUAGACAACACCUCAACGCAAGACUUGUGUGUCAAGCAUCUAACACAAAUCUUGCACCGCCUGAGACUAAAGUUCUAAUAUUAGACAUAAAUUUGAAACCGAUAACCGUGAACAUAUUGACCAAGGAGAAGCAAGUGUCAGCGGAUAAAAGAUACGAAGUGGAGUGUAAGACUACGGGCUCCCGCCCCGAGGCAACUGUCACUUGGUGGAAGAACAAUAGACAACUCAAACGGUUGGCGAAAAACUUCUCUGAGAAUAACGAGACACUCAGCGUCCUGAGUCUCGUCCCGGCUGUGGAAGAUGAUGGCAAAUAUUUGACAUGCCGUGCUGACAACAAGCACAUAUCAGAUUCUGCCAUAGAAGACAAGUGGAGACUUAACGUACAUUAUAUACCAAUAGUAGACCUCAAGAUGGGAUCCAAUCUGAACCCUGACGAAAUAAAGGAAGGGGACGAUGUUUACUUCGAAUGCACGGUCAAAGCUAAUCCGAAAACACACAGGCUUGUUUGGUUUCACGACAAUACGGAGAUCUUCCACAACGAAGCCCUCGGUGUUAUACUGAGUGCUCAAAGCUUGGUACUUCAAAGUGUCACGAGAGCUGCCGCCGGCGACUAUACAUGUAUGGCUGCGAAUAGUGAAGGCAAAGGAACAAGCAAUCCCGUGUCCUUAUUAGUCAGAUAUGCUCCAGUUUGUGCGGAGCGGAGGGACAAUGAACUAUUUGGCGCUUUGAAACACGAGACGGUAUCUUUACAUUGUUCGGUCGACGCAAAUCCCGCGCUUGUUUCCUUUCAUUGGACAUUCAACAAUUCGGGAGAACAAACAGAAGUACCUCCGAGAUUGUACAGCAGUCACGGACACACGUCCACUCUUAAUUACACGCCAACUACAGACAUGGAGUAUGGAACGCUGGCUUGUUACGGUGAGAACGCUGUUGGCCAGCAGAAGGUACCUUGUCUCUUUCAACUCGUAGCUGCAGGUCGUCCCUUCCACCUGCAAAAUUGUACGGUCGCAAAUCAAAGUUUGGAUUCGUUGUACGUGGAAUGCGUUGAAAAUUUCGAUGGUGGCCUUCCUCAAACCUUCUUAAUGGAACUGCUGGAACUUCCUUCUCUCACGGUCCGAUACAAUGUCUCCACAAAUAGAACACCACCCUAUUUCGAAGUGCGCGGUCUCCCGCCGGGCGUCAGUUACAGAAUCGACUUAUAUGCCGUCAACGCCAAAGGACGUAGCGACGUAUCUACGAUAGAGACCGUCACAUUGAAGGGUCAAGCAAAAUUUACUGGUGAAAGCAACUCAUUGGGGAUGUCUCCAGUGGUGGCGUCGAUAGCAGCGAUGUCUGCUUUAUUAGCAACAGCUGUUUGUGGUGUGCUUGCAAUUCUUUACAAGCGGCAUGCGAAUCGCCAUAGACAUUUACCGGCUAAGCAUGCACCAUUGAGUGAAGCUAUGUACGCGGAGCGCAGUGGACAAUGUAGCACUCCUGUUAAGGCAGAAGUUCGUACAGCACCUGAUCCUGACCCAGCUGAUGACGCUGACCCAGAUAUUAUACCAAAUUUGUAUGAACGAAGGCCGGUGUCCAAUGGAUACAUGAGCCUGCAGCGACCACCGUCCAACAGCAAGAUGCGAGAAGUCAGCGAAGACGCCCGCUCCGAGCCUGACGGCGGCGGGUACUACGCUGACUUCAGAAAAAAGGACUAUAAAAUACCUUUGACUAGUUCAUAUCAUAGUUUAAAUCGCGUCAACAAGGGCGUGAACGCUUGCAGCCCAAGCUCAACGGGCGUGACGUCAUCGCUGACAGCGCACCGGCUCCGACCGGAAGUCGUCACCACGUCGCAUCGGGUGCAAGAGAGUUGUAUAUAAAAUAGAUGGUAGGGGGCAUUGUAAGGGUUUUCUAGACUGCAGUGCAGUAUCGAAUGAUUUGAUUUAUGUUUUUAUGAAACUGUCAACUUACAACUCACUAACUAUUGAAUUUGAAUAACGCAUAUCUUCUGAAUUUUCAAUAUAUCAAUUAUUAAAGCAAUCUUGUAUGUCAAUCUACCCAGAUAUACCCAAAUGAAAAUUUUAAUGUAAACAUUUAAAGAUGUUUUUAUAGACAUUUUGCUAUAAUAAUAUUUUUACGAUGUAGACAUAUCACUAUAAUGUUCUAGAACCCUUGAUGUAAAUACCCUGUUAAGAUAAGUACUGACUGUGUUCCUUUCAUACUUUAACUUUUGUAAAUUACCCUUUUUCAAUGUUUGUGUAUGGAUUAAUGUAAGUGUACACUUGUUAGUGGUCAAUUUGCUUAAAGUUUGAGAAGCACUGAGCGUAUGAGUCUAUAGAUAAUUUUUAAGAUAAAAAUUAAAAUUAUUAUUUAAUUAUACAAAAUUUUAUUUCUACAAUUUUUUUAUAUCAAACUUUAUACUAUAUUCUAUAGACUUACGACGCUUUUUAAUUUAAAUUUUUAAUGUAAACAACCGUCGUCUCUCGAAUGAUAUACAAUAUGACUCGAUCUCUCCUAAUCUGUCGUGGGAAAAAUAAAGGCUUACACUUUCUUGUUAGCACAUCACACUACGAUCUUGUCACAUGUUAUCACAAAAACGUUCUAAGAUGUUCAGCACUCCGUAAAGAAUUAUCACAUAUAUGUAAAAUGUCGUCCGACAAAUAUUGGAACGUAUGAUUGAUACCGAGAAUUGUAUAGUAGAUUUGUCGCGCGAUCUUAGAACGUGUAUGGCCAUAAUACUAGUGGGUUGCAAAUCAAGUCAAUUAUUCCAACAUGUCAAUUGCAAUUGAUAUCAAUUAUUAUUGAUUAUUUUUUUUACCAAUUUAAAUAUAUAUCUAAAUGCUAUUGUAAUAUAAGCCUGUAUUAAAUAAUCAAGUCAAGAUUUUUGCAUUGUUUUCUUUAAACGUGUGUUUGGUGAUGAGAAUAUUUCGUUAGCGCUAUGGAAAUAUAUAUAUUGUGUGUAUGUGGAGGUAAUUUUUUUAAUUUAUUUCCGUAAAAUAAAUAGGUUCAAAUGCGGAAUAUUUAAACUUCUUAUAAUGUUUUAUGAUUAUAUUUUAUAUUGUAAUUUCAGUAAGCCUUGAUUUUGCGCUGUCAUAACAUAAACAAAUACUACAAGGUCAUGCGAACAUACAUACCCAAAAUAAUAACAUCUUAAUUAAAUACGACGAAAUAUAUUAGAAAUGAGUAACAUAUGACUAAUCACCAACAUUUUAAGAAUUUACUUAUAAUAUAAGGUUGUGAAUGCGAUGAUAACUGAAACGUUCAAUUCGCUUAUAAAGUAAGCCUACUUCGUAUUUUGUCUGGUUAUAACCUGUGUAUUAAAAGCUUGAUCCGUGGCCGCAUUUGAAAUAUUGUUAAAUAUAGCGACAACAUUUAUCCACUGUUAGCAAUGUCACCGUUCUCAAACGUGGUUCGUUUUAAAUUGAACCAAUUCAAUGGCUAUCCAAAAAAUACGAUUUCAGCCCCACUCUGAUUUUUUUAUAUCAAAUACAAUGAUUUUUUUUAUUCUUUUAUUUUAUGUCUCUUUCAUAUUGAAAUAUUUUAAUUGCUUAAUUAAAAAGAUUCUAUACUCGUUAGAGAGUUGUUCGCAGACGUGAAUACUAAGAAUUUAUAAAAAAUAGAAAAAUACGAAAUGAAGUUUAAAUAUGGAACGAAGAUCUUAAAGUAUUCGAUCUCAGAACGUGAUUAAAAAAAAUCUUUCUCAAAUAUUAUUGUUUCCUCAUGGUCUUAAGGUCAAGUCAUAUUGUAUUUCUAUUAACUUCGAGUGACUGAGGCGGCCUAAAGAUAUUUCAUUAAAUAGCUAUCCUUAUAAAUAACGUUUCGCUCAAAGUUUGAAAGGUUGUAAAAAUAUAGAUCAAUUAAAAUGAAAGCGCUUUGAUAAUUUUAUUAAAAGCUUAUUUACUUUAAAUAAAACAUAUUAUGUAAUACAAAAUAUUGACGUUUAAUAUAUAUUUAUGUUCUGUUAUUUCUUGUAAUGAAAAUUGGUCUAACAUUUUUUUUUUAUUUAUUUCCGACUUAGCAUUUAAAUUGUAUAUAAAUGUAAAUUUGUAAAUAGAGAAUUCUAUAUUGAAAUUAUGAAAUCUAGUCGUAUUUAGUUCUAACGGUGCUAAGAAAUGUAUAUUA